CUCUAGACACCACUUUUUCAAAAAAUGUUGAUUUUGAUUUUUAUUUAAACAAGAUUUUUAUGGAUAUAUAAUAAAAUAGAAUUUUAAUAACAAUGAGGAAAGAAAGUGCCCCACAACUGCCAUUUCACUAUUUUCAAGUGGUAAAUGUUUUACAAUGGUUUUUAUUGGAGAAACUUGAUUAUUCCCCACUGAAUGAGAAUCCUAAAGAGGUGGAAGAGAAAGUUUUGAUUUGGUGAAAGUAUACAAAUUCCUCAGUAGGUAUUAGAAUAUCUACAUCUCUAGAAUGGUGGUCUCUAUCUCAAUACUAGCGACAGCAUGUGCAGUUAUACUCCUAGUGUUACUAUUAAUAAUUAUAACGGCCUUAAUUUCAAGGAAACCUUUGAAGCAUCUUCUGACCGAAAUAGUAUUUGAGGUGCGCUACAAUUUUUUAGGCAUGCUGUCGGUGUUAGACGAUUUGGUGUUACAAGAGAAGGAAAACUCGGAAGAGUUGCUCAUGAGCAAUGGAAAGAUUGCGCUGAUAACCGGCGGUACGAGAGGUAUCGGGGCGCAGGUCGUUAGAAAGUUAUUGCAACGUGACCUGCACGUCAUCAUCGGAUGCAGAAAUGUGGAAGCUGGUCAGAAAUUAUGCGAGAUAUAUAGAGCGAAAGGGGUUAGAACGGGGAGUUUCGACGUUCAGCACCUCGAUUUGAACUCGUUAUCGUCUGUGCGUGCCUUCGCAAAGGUGAUCAAAGAGAAGUAUCCGAGGAUAAAUAUUUUAAUCAAUAACGCCGGUAUUAUGUUUGGUCCAUAUAAAGUGUCCGAGGACGGUUACGAGUCACAGCUCGCCACGAAUUACAUAGGCCAUUUUUUGUUAACCCACUUAUUGCUGCCUGAAAUGAUAAAAGCCGGUAGAGAGGAUAAGAGAUAUUCACGAAUCGUGAACGUGUCGUCCUGCGCGCAUAAACUGGGAGAUAUUGAUUUCGAAGACUUCAACUUUAAAAAACAUUACAUUCCGUCACAGGCCUAUGCACAAUCGAAAUUGGCCCAAGUUUUGUUUAGCAACUACUUAAAUUCGCUAAUGAGAGACGCCAGCAGGUGGGUGGGAGUUUAUUCGGUCCAUCCCGGAAUCGUGAACACAGACUUGUUUAACCAGUGGCAUUUCGAAGUACUGCUGAAUAAGCAUGUGCGGCGCCUGUUUUUUAAGACACCGGAAACCGGAUCUAUAAGCGUUGUAUAUGCUUGUCUAUCACGAAAAUUGGAAAUCGCGACAGGGACGUACAUCAGCAACAGUCAAAUAACAUCCAUGAGUGCAUCGGCUUAUUCCACCGACCUACAGAGGAGACUGUUUGAAUUUACCAUGAAUAAAUUAAACAUUCGAGAAUUCGGCGUAGAAUAGACACCUGUCGAUUGUAACUUUUAUUACUAUUGUGUUGUUAUCUUUGGUCAAUAAUUGUAAAAUAUAAAAAAUAUCACCGUCACCAUUAAAAUUAAGUACAAGUAAUUUACUAAUUGCUAUAAUAAAUAAGGAAUGUCACAAAUUAUGUAAUAAAUACAAGCGUAAACAUUUA